UAUAAUUAUGAUAUGUCUGUGGAAAUUUCAAAUUGUAUUUAUCAUCAUAAUGGCAUUAUUAAAUUUGUCUCAGAUCUUCGAAAUUGGAUAAAUCCAGUGAUGUUUUUAGAAUUUUUAGUAUGUUCAGUAAUGCUUUGCGCAAUUGGAUUUCAAGCUACAAUGAUUGAUGGUAUCACAUUUAAGCUAUUUGUCUAUAUCGAAUAUUUAACUGCAUCCCUAAUCGAAUUAUUUUUGUUUUAUUGGUUUGCGAAUGAAGUUAUACUUGAAAGUUUAAAAGUAAGUGUCAGCAUUUGGGACUGUAAAUGGUAUACUUUUGACACUAAAUCACGACAGUUAUUAGUUAUGAUAAUGAUGCGAUCUCAACGGCCUUUAAUAUUUCGAGCUGGACCAUUUAAUGAAAUGUCAUUGGCUACAUACAUUGGAAUUUUAAAAGCAUCAUAUACUUAUUUAACGAUUUUACGUCAAUUGUAUGGAUAAGUGAGACGUUGAAUUUUCUUUAUAUGUACCUAAUUUAAUUUCGUGCCUCAAAUACUGUUGAA